UUGCAAGUGGAUCGUGCCGGCGAUCCACGGGGAUCCUGAGAGUGGGUUGGUCAGUAAUCCAAGUAAAUGCCAGUGCGUCAGCCAAUCCGGCCGUGGACACGCGUCAAGGAAGCCGCAACUAAGUUGUGCCGUUCAAUUGCGCCCACUACCGCUAUGUGCAAUCCAUGAUAGUGCUCCGCAGUGCUAUCUAUGACUGGCUGCAUAUAAAACCUCGAGUGCUUAGAGCCAAGACCGGUCCCACGCUAUCGCUGUUUCACUACGAUUCGUACCAUGGGCCAGAUACCAUCCAUCCUCAGCGAAUUAGCCCCUCCAAAACCAAAGUUCACUGCAGAAAAUGUUCCCGACAUGACUGGUAAAGUCGUCCUCGUCACGGGGGCAAAUGCUGGAAUCGGAAAGGAAACUGCUAGGGUGCUCCUUACCAAGAAUGCCAAAGUCUGGAUUGGCUGCCGCGAUGUCGGCAAAGGGGAGGCCGCUAUCAAGGAUCUCAAAGAUCGCACAGGUCGGGAAGCUCACCUACUGAAGCUAAACCUCGCCAAUCUGCGGUCUAUCAAAGAGUCUGCGGAAUCUUUGCUGAGCAAAGAAACGCAGCUCCACGUGCUCUUCAAUAAUGCAGGUGUGAUGAAUCCUCCUGUCGAGAAACUCACAGAAGACGGAUACGAUCUUCAGUUUGGCACCAACGUGCUUGGCCACUUUUACCUCACUAACCUCCUCCUCCCCCUCUUGCUCUCUACUGCGAGGUCUUCCCCCGAUGGGACCGUACGCGUUGUGAACACGUCAUCAAACGGUCACUGGUUCUCCGGGCUUGAUUUUGACACAUUCAAAGACAGUCCAAAGCGACGGGCGAAGAACCAAGUGGCGUUAUACGGUCAGAGCAAAACCGGAAACAUCGUCUUCUCCGCUGAGUUACACCGCCGGUAUCGAGACCAGGGCAUCGUGUCUACCUCUCUCAACCCAGGUGGUAUCCGAACUGAACUUCAGCGACAUCAGGGGGGCUUCGUCCAAUGGAUCUCUUCCAUCCUUUUGUAUGACGUCUCAUACGGUGCCAUCACGCAGCUGUACGCGGGGACCUCACCGGAUGCUGUCAGCCUCGGCGGAGAGUACCUUAUUCCGUGGGCACGAAUAGGCAAACCUUGUGCUGAUACACAGGAUCCACAACUCGGGAGAGAGCUUUGGACUUACAUGGAGGAGCAGGUUGCGAACCUCUAGAGUUUGAGUAGACUUACCCUUCCGCUUUUCUAUGCUCGGGUUACUCGUAUCUAUAGGUUGAACUGCUGGCCUCCCUGAUCCAUACCACCUAAUUACUUAAUGCAUUUUCUUGAUCUGCA